AUGAUGUUGCAGAAUAUGUUCAGCGCCUUAUCAUUCUUACAUUAUCGUAAAGAUGACGAUUUUGUUGAUCGUUUAUCUUACUUCUACACUCCGUCCUUUCUAAUUAUGAUGGCCAUUUUAGUUAGUUUCAAACAAUUUGGUGGUCGACCGUUAGAAUGCUGGGUGCCUGCACAAUUCACAAGCUCAUGGGAGGCUUAUACAGAAAUGUAUUGUUGGGCUCAAAAUACCUAUUGGGUACCUAUCGAACAGGAUAUCCCAAUGGAUUUAGCAGAGCGAGAAUAUCGACAAAUAUCAUAUUAUCAAUGGGUGCCAUUUUUUCUUCUUAUUCAAGCCUUUCUCUAUUACAUUCCAUGCCUCGUUUGGCGUCUUAUGAGCGACAAGUCUGGCAUUCGGUUAAACGAUAUUGUUCAGUUAGCUACCGAAAAAGAAAACAUCGAAGAAAAUUAUAGAACACGAACCAUUGAAUCUCUUGCACGUCAUAUCGAAUCUGCUCUCAGGUACCAGCAUGCAGCAACUUCACGAACUCAAUAUACAUUACAUAGAGUGUUAAAAUGCCUAAAUAUGCGUUACUAUGAAAGUUAUGUGACAGGCCUCUAUUUGGUUACAAAAGUAAUGUAUGUAAGCAAUAUAUUAACGAAUUUGAUAUUAGUGAAUAAAUUUUUGGAGACUGACGAAUAUUCCAUUUAUGGUCUUGGUGUAUUACGUGAUCUCUUAUUUGGCAGAUCAUGGAUGGAAUCUGGCAAUUUUCCACGAAUUACUUUGUGUGAUUUUGAAGUACGUGUACUUGGCAAUAAUCAACGGCAUUCCGUACAAUGUGUCCUUGUUAUAAAUAUAUUCAACGAGAAAAUAUUCAUUUUAAUUUGGUUAUGGUUUUCUAUGUUAUUUAUUGCUGCUACAUUGGAUGCUAUCUAUUGGUUUAGCAUUUCUUUAUUUCAUAGGGAUCGUUUUCGUUUUGUUUUACGCCAUUUAGAGCUAACAACUGAUCCUGAUCGACCUGAGCUGUUUCGAAAGGAAAAGCGGAAAGAAGCUGAACAUUUCCUAAAGUCAUACCUCAAAGUUGAUGGUGUAUUAGUGUUACGAAUGAUAGCUCUCCAUGCGGGUGUAAUGUUUUGUACUGAAAUAACAGAUGCACUCUGGAAACGUUAUCUAUCUCAGCAUCCGGAAAAUCUGAUAGAUGAAGAUUCUUCACUUAUCAGUUUUGCUCGAACUCAAUCGGUCAACCGGAAAUGGCAAAAUGAUGAUAAUGGUGGUGAUAGGCAGAAAAGAUAUCAACAUUUAUUUGCUCAUCGACGAUUUCCCAAAUUUUUUUUACAUCGAACACAGCCAUCCUUUCGUAUUAAUCGUGGUUAUGAUAUUGAUAUGGAUCAUCAAAAGCCGCAGAUACCAAUUCGACCUCCAAAGCAAACACCAAUGAGGAUACAAUCACAAAUUAUAAAAGAUGAUGACGAAGAUGAAAGAUUGAAUUGCAAUGAAUCUAGCACCUCUUAUCGUAUACAUGAUUAA